CCUCGCACAUUCGUAUUUCCAUUGUUGUUGUUGUUCUUUUCACUUUCGUUGCGCAUUUUGUACACAAAUUUCGCGAUUUUUAACCAAUUUGCAUUAAUUAACAAAGCGCUUAAGCGCAAUGUAGGAUUGUGUAAGACUUCAGUGCAACCGUAGCGACAAUGAAGUCUUGUUGCAGCACUAGCAGCAGAUAAUAAUAGAAAGGCCGCAACGGCUCUACGAAAGGGAGGAAGUUGGUUGCAAAAACCGGAAAAUUAAAACAGGUCCGUAGCCGAGGACACGUCGAGGUUCAUUGCACUGCAAGAUGCGACUGCUACAGUUGCUGUCGCUUUGGCUGCUUUGCAGCCAUGCAACCGGAGCCAACAUCCUGGCCGUGCUGCCCAGCGUCUGGAGAUCUCAUUAUCUAUUUGGACGUCGGUUGCUGCAGCAACUGGUGGCCGGUCCACAGAAUCAUUCGGUUACGCUGAUAAGCCCGCAUGCAUUGGCAGAGAUGGAUGCUGGGGCAGCCCUCAACAGAAUACGUGAGAUACGCAUUGAGGAUCAGGAUUUAAAGCAGAAUUGGCUAGACAUGGGCAUGAGCUUCGAGGCGGAACAGAUGCACGCUCAGAGCGUUAUGGAACGCUUCACCCGUAUGAUCUAUGCGGGAACCACAAAUGUGGACCUGCUACUCUCGGAUGCACAGGUGCAAAAGCUCCUAACCAGCGGAGAAAAAUUUGAUUUACUUAUCGUGGAUUUGUUUCUGAGUGACGCAUUACUUGGCCUCGCUUAUUACUAUGGUGUGCCCACCGUUGCAAUUAGUCCCACCGGUGCCAAUUCAUGGCUCAACAACAUGUUUGGCAAUCCUCAAUCAGCUUCUCUCGAUCCGAGCAACUUUCUACCCUACACGGAGCGCAUGACUACAAAGGAGCGUGUAGCAAACAUGCUAAUGAGCACAUUCGAGCGUUUGACCUACAACUUUUUCCACCUGAUCUCGCAGCAAUCCGUUUACUCAAAUCACUUCGAGCUGCUGGUGCGUGAGCUGCCGAACUAUCGAGAUUUGAGCAAAAACUUGAGUCUUGCUUUGAUCAACUCGCAUCCUGCUAUGGAUUACCCUCGCGCCUAUUUACCCAAUAUGCUGGAAGUGGGCGGCCUACAUUUGCUAGAGCCACAAGAGCUGCAAGUGCCAAAUCAUGUGCUUUCGUUUAUGGAGGCUGCGUCUAGUGGUGUAAUUUACAUGAGUCUUGGCGCGGAAGUGCAAACAGCUCAGUUGCCCAGCGAAAAGCUGUCCAUAUUGCUGGAUGUCUUUGCGCAUCUCAAGGAAUUUCAUUUUCUGCUCAAAUGGGAGGUGGAGGAGUUUGUGCAGCCGCUGCCAGAUAAUAUAAUGAUCAACAGCUGGUGGCCCCAGCAGGCCAUACUGGCUCAUCAGCAGGUCAAAGUUUUUAUUAGCAGCUGCGGCCAGCUCAGCGUUUGGGAGUCCAUUGCGGGUGAUACGCCCAUACUUGCCAUACCCAUACUGGCCGAGCAGGAGGUGCUGGCCAAGCGGCUGCAGCAGAAAGGCGCUGCACUAACAGUCGCCUACGAUGCGUUAGCCUAUGAUGCACUGCUUCAUAGCAUACGACAGCUUACGCUAAAUGAAAGCUAUGGACAGAAUUUGGGUGAAUUGAAGAAGCGUCUAGGUGUUGCCAAUUCAGAAGCUUCAUCGAGAGCGCUUAGCCACAUUGAGCUGAUAUUGAGCACAGGUGGUGCAAAUUUCCUAAAGUCUCAUGCCAACACGCUCAACUUUUGGCGUUCUGAAGCCUUGGACGUGCUUCUGAUUAUAGCGCUGGGCAUUUUUGGGAUUUUGACGGUGCCAUUUGUGGUCACUUGGUGUAUACUGCGUCGAUCGUACUACAGUCAAGCAGCACAGGAUCAGCAACAGCAACCGUAUCGCACUAUGCUGAAGACCGUGGGACGCGUGCACAGCUAUGGGGAUCCCAGCAGCUGUGCAAGCGCCCGCUCCACAGAGCCAUUGAGGAGAACGCGUUCGGCACAAUCGUUGUCGGCACGCUCCAGCUGUUCCAGCUUCAGUUCGACAACACCGACAACGCCCUCUAGCAACUCGACAACUCCGCUGGAUCUGACCCCGCCGCCACCGACUGCUGCAGCGCCUGCUCUGGAUCUGUACGUCAAUCAGGGAGUUUAUACAACACAGAAAGCAUCGCACGAAGAAAAGAUGGAACACGCGUUUUUAUAGCCAUAAGGAUAGCUAUUGGCAGGACAUAACGAUAUAUCUCUAGAUUUCUCAAACCUUAUCGCUAUACAGACAUACAUAUAUGUAUAGGCAAGAUAUGUAUUUAGUCGUAUCUAAUAUCUCUUAUAUAUCUAUUAAUGUAAGAAUGAUUUCUUGUUGUUGUGCACCCAGAAAAUGUUUUUCUGUUAUUUUAUAUUAUAUCUAGCUUAGAAAGUAGCCGUGAUAUGAGUUCAGAAACGAUAUUCUAUGUAGUUACGACAUUAAGUGUACUGUCCGAUGCAACAUAGCAACCAAUACGCAGCUAAGGUUGUUAUUUACUAUUUCUUAUUUGUUUAUUGUCAUACUUCGCACUGUAAUUUAAAUUCGUUUAACGAAAUCAAGUGCGUGAAAGGGAAUUUAACUAAAUAUUGCAAUUUGUAUUUAGUUCGGCUGAUUUGUAUAUUUUUUAAUCUCAAUGUUUAAGCAAGCUUCAAGAAAUAUUAUAUAUAUGUAUAUUGCAAGUGAAAUGAAUGUGUUGUGACAGUUUUAUUUAAAUAAUUUGUUCGAUUGAUCGAAGGAGCUGGGAAGCUGAUAUUUAUAAUAGAUAAUCUCAAUCUGAAAGUUGGAUAACUUUAGCUGCCAUAUAUUAUGCGUCUAUCAUUAUCAAGGUGUGUGCCGGGCUUGCAUAAUUCCUAUUCAGAUUCAAACUCCCGCUCUUGCUCAGAGUACAGGGUAUUCAAACUAAUCAUUAACUUUAGCUGGUAGCACCUUAAUUUAGCCGUACAAGUCGAAAUGAACAUUAUUUUGCGAUCGCUUGUUUUUAUUUACUUUGAUUUCUUUUUCCCUCGAUUUUUUCCUGCUCUUGUGCAACAAAGCAUAAAAACAACAGCCAGCGGAUAUUAUUAAAAAAGAUAAA